AUGACGCUCAACUUUAUACAAGCUCCAUUCAGUGAGAUUGAGAGAUAUCUUAUCUAUGAUCUGUUGGGCCCAAACCAAAUGGGUGAAGUGGAAUGUGCAAAACUGGCUGAAGUGCUCUGGGAAACGUACACUAACCUCACAUUUACCAGAGUUGACACGUCCACCUUGUUAAAUCAAGAGGAAAACUGGCUUUUGCUCGCAUUACGCAUCCCCAGUCUCGAAGCGUUUGACACUACACUUAAUUUUCAUGCGAUGGUGACAACCAACUAUACAGGAGCAAUGCUGUGCCAUCUAAUUAAAAUAAGACAAGAGAAUUUACCGUCAAGCGCGAUAAUUCUGUUCACUGAUCCUUCAAAGUACGCCGAUACACUUGUUCAUUGCGAUCAAAGUUUGUACGAACUUGGCUUUGAAGGUGGAAAAAGAACCUUACCCGGCGAAGGGUCUUCACAAUUUCGGGUACAUCAAUAA